ACUGUCGUUUUAUACGGCUCUGUGGAGACGCGUGAGGAGCUCGCUGUGAUACAGCCUACGUAGCCGUAGACGCUUCACUAGCCACGGCCCUCUUUUAAAGUUCCUGGGGGACGAGUGAAGGAACCCGGACGAAUCGAAGGAAAGGGGCCACGGUUGAGCUCGCAGAAGAAAAAGCAAUUACAUUUUAUUCACCCCAGAAAGACUAUCGUCAAACCAAAGACAAGGUGCAACACGGAAAACCAAGGUCUUGACUGCCCGAGAACGUCAGAAAAUAAAGAAAAUGGCGGAACCAGACAAAUUAAACAUCGACUCUAUAAUUCAGCGUCUGUUGGAAGUCAAGGGCUCUCGACCGGGGAAGAACGUCCAGCUGACGGAGGGUGAGAUCCGUGGCCUUUGCCUGAAGUCCCGUGAAAUCUUCCUGAGCCAGCCCAUCCUGCUUGAACUAGAGGCUCCCCUCAAAAUCUGUGGCGAUGUCCACGGUCAGUACUACGAUCUGCUUCGGCUGUUUGAAUACGGAGGCUUCCCCCCAGAAAGCAACUACUUGUUCCUGGGGGACUACGUGGACCGAGGGAAGCAGUCACUGGAGACCAUCUGCCUGCUUCUAGCCUACAAAAUCAAAUAUCCCGAGAAUUUUUUCCUGCUGCGUGGAAACCACGAAUGCGCCUCCAUUAAUCGAAUCUACGGCUUUUAUGACGAGUGUAAGCGGAGGUAUAACAUAAAGCUGUGGAAGACCUUCACGGACUGCUUCAACUGUUUACCUGUGGCUGCCAUAGUAGAUGAGAAGAUCUUCUGCUGUCACGGCGGCCUCUCUCCUGACCUUCAGUCCAUGGAGCAGAUCCGCAGAGUCAUGCGACCCACAGACGUGCCUGACCAGGGUUUGUUGUGCGACCUGCUGUGGGCCGAUCCAGACAAAGACGUGCUGGGCUGGGGUGAAAACGACCGCGGCGUCUCCUUCACAUUCGGGGCGGAUGUGGUGGCCAAAUUUUUGCACAAACACGACAUGGACCUAAUAUGCAGGGCACAUCAGGUGGUGGAAGACGGUUAUGAGUUUUUCGCUAAGAGGCAGCUGGUCACCUUAUUCUCUGCUCCCAACUACUGUGGCGAGUUCGACAAUGCCGGCGCCAUGAUGAGCGUGGACGAGACCCUCAUGUGCUCCUUCCAGAUUCUGAAGCCAGCAGAUAAGAAAUUGUAUCCUUACAGCGGAGCGGGAGGGAUGGGAUCUGGGAGGCCGGUCACCCCGCCACGAAAUUCGGCUAAGGCCGCCAAGGCUAAGAAAUAACAGCCGCUGGAUUCCCCUCCCGCCACCUGCUUCCCCUCUGUCCGCAUCACACUUUUACUCCUCCAUUCCUUCAAACUUGUUUCACCCGCGGCGACAAAGCAGACAAAGUGUCCACGGUUCAAUCAUGCUUUUUCCUCUCUAAAACAAGUUUUUACUGUUUUGCGUGCAAUUUGGUUUGUGUGAGUGUAGAAAAAGUGGGAAUGAUUGCGAGGGAAUUGCUGCAUUCUGUAUGUAUGUUUUUAUUUUUUAUUCCUCCCGUAACCCUCUGUUUUGUUUUCCUAUCAUUUUGUAGCGAUAGGUUCUUCCAUCUGUGAUGUUAUUUCAACCCCGGGGGCAGCGUGGGAGGGGGAGAGGAGUCUUAACCGUCUGUUGGGGCUCUGCACUGUCUAAUGCUAAACACAAGCCUUUGGACAUCCUGUUUCAGAGGUCUGUCUGUCUGAUGGGAGGAGGGAGGGAGGACGGGUUUGGGAUCAAGUUGCACGGUCAAACGAUAACGGCACAUACCACACGCACUGGGCACACAGGUGCAUAGAUGUGCAGCUGAAUUCUUCCAGAAAUGGAUUCACAUUGAUAUAUAUUUUUCUUUUCCCUUUUCGUAAACCAAUGAUUUGAGAACGCAGUCAUCGUUGUGAAGUAGUUUUGCUUCUUUUCUUUCUUUUCUUUUUUUCUUUUGUAGAUACAUGAAACCUACAUGGUUGGACUUCUUUCUUGUUUUUAGUUCACUGCAAGUUAAAGAUGAAAUAAAAAUAUCCAUUUAUUUGAAUCACGCCAUCAUGCUGA